AGCGCUCUCAGAGCCUGGUGGCAGAUCCACACGCGUGGGGCUGGGCUGGGAAGGACGGAGCCCGUGCCAUGGGGCAGCAGCUGCUUCCCUUCUGAUGGCUCCCUAAUUCCCUGGGAGCUGAAAGCCCCUCAGGACUGCUCCCUGUGCUCUGGGACAAGGGCUUUGUGGUUGCCACAGCAUGGUACAAACCUGCUUGGUGUGCUCCAGAGCUCAUAACAGCAGCCUGGCAGCCUGGGCAGCCAUGGACGGGACGGACAGGUCCAGUCCCUCUGCCAAGAAGCACGUGCGUCUGCAGGAGAGGAGGGGCUCCAACGUGUCACUGAUGCUGGACAUGAGCUCACUGGGGAGCGUGGAGCCCAUCCAGCCUGUCUGCACCCCACGGGACAUCACACUGAAGUUCCUGAGAACAUCCAGCCAUGUGCUGAGGAGAGAGGAGCUGCAGGAACAUGCCCAGAGCCUGACACAGCUCCAGGAGGAGUUUUCAAAAAUCCCACCCAACUUUGUCAGCCCAGAGGAGCUGGAGAUCCCUGGACAUGCCUCCAAGGACAGAUACAAAACCAUCCUCCCCAACCCCGAGAGCCGUGUCUGCCUCAGGAGGGCCGGGAACCCCCAGGAAGAUGAUUACAUCAAUGCCAACUACAUCACAGGCUAUGCGGGACGGCCCCGGGAGUACAUCGCCACGCAGGGCCCCAUGCCCAACACCAUCACUGACUUCUGGCACAUGGUGUGGCAAGAGGAGGCCCCUCUCAUCAUCAUGAUCACCAAGCUCCAGGAGCGCAAAGAGAAGUGUGUGCACUACUGGCCUGAGGAGGAGGAGGAGGGCACCUUCGGCCCCUUCACCAUCCGCCUGCAGCGGCUCAGCGACUGCGGGGAGUACGUGAUCCGGGACCUCUCCAUCCAGAAGCUUGCAGGUGAAUGCCGUCAGGUCAAACACAUCCUCUUCCCUUCCUGGCCGGACCAGCAGACCCCUGAGUCAGCCAAGCCCCUGCUCCACUUGGUGUCCAAGGUGGAGGAGACUCUGCAGGCUGCAGCCAGCCCAGGGCCCAUCAUUGUGCACUGCAGUGCAGGCAUUGGCCGGACUGGCUGCUUCAUUGCUACCAGGAUGGGGUGCCAGGAGCUGAGGGCCAAGGGCCAGGUGGAUGUCCUGGGCAUCGUGUGCCGCCUCCGCAUUGACAGGGGUGGGAUGAUCCAGACGAGUGAGCAGUACCAGUUCCUCCAUCACACACUGGCUCUCUAUGCUUCCCAGCUGCCUGAGGCUGGAGGCCACUAAUGCAGAGCUGCCAGCUCCUGCUUCCACCCCUCCUGCCCCAGCCUCAGGGCCACCUCCACCAGACUCCCUCCUGCUGCUGCCUUAGGAGCAGCGUGAGCAUCCCUCAGGGUGAGCAAACCCAUGGGGAUCCUGGCCUUGUCACCCUGGGGACAAGCAAGGGUUGGGUUCACAUGAGGGUGCUUGAGGUGGCUGCUGCUGCCUUGGGGCAGGUACCACCCAUGGAAAGAAGCUUUGGCUUUCAAAACCUGCAGCUUUCACACCACCCAGAAGAGCAAACUGGGGGAGGAGGCUGAAGCUGGGACAGCCCCAGGAGCUCAGUUUGCACAGCAAUGUGUACCCCAUUAAGCACAGUGCUGGUGGAAUUACCUUAGGAAUAAAGAG